AUAUACAAAAAGUCAAAAACUAAAGAAAAAAAAUCUUUGAAAUUAUGAAUAAUCUGUUCGUUUUGGUCAUUAUUAUUGUUUUGAGUGCGGGAUCGAACAAUGGUAGCAAACUCUUUCCAAAAAACCAAUUAUACUUUAGAAACUCUUUUAACAGGAAUUAUGAUAUUCUUACGGUUCAUUGCAAGUCAGAUAAAGAUGAUCUCGGUAUUCACACAGUGGCUCGUUCAUACGUAUAUUUUUUUAAGUUUGGGGAUAGCAUUUUUGGUGAUACUGAGAUUGUAUGUACACUAAAUCAUGGGGUUAGUGCUACCAAAUAUAAAGUAACAUUUACUGCAUAUAAAGAGAGUCGUUUUGUUAUAAGAUUUGGCGCCAUAAAAAUCUGGGAGGCUAGAGAUGAUGGGAUAUAUCUCACAGAUGAAGAUCACGAUGCAGUAAAAAUGUAUGGUUGGUAAAAUCUUAGUUUUCAAGCUAUAUGUUGUCUUUAAUUUUGAUAUCAAUAGAUUGCAAGAUAUAAAUUUUAAGAAAAUAAAA